AUGUCUGGUGUUCAACGUCGUAGAAUCAAUAGGAUAUCCAAUGAGGAUGAGUCCGACCAUAGCGACAACGAUCAGAGCAGGUCGAACGUAUCGAAGGUGGCUUUUGACCCCGAGGAAGCUAAGAUCAAAGACGACGUAUCUGUUCCUAAGUUGACUUUGAUGGAAGAGGUUGUUCUGUUGGGAUUGGGCGACAGCGAGGGUUAUCUGUCAUUCUGGAAUGACAAUAUCUCGUACGUGUUGCGUGGUUGCAUACUUAUUGAACUGGCUUUGAGAGGCAAGAUCCGUAUUAUCGAUGAUUCUGCCAGAAAGUCGUUUGACUUAUCUGAGAGAUUGAUUGAAGUCAUCGAUGCCAGCAAGACUGGGGAAGUACUACUGGAUGAAACUUUACAACUAAUGAAGAACGAUGAACCACAAUCUAUUGUAUCAUGGAUCGAUUUGUUGAGUGGUGAGACAUGGAAUUUCUUUAAAGUAAACUAUCAAUUGAAACAAGUAAGAGAGAGAUUAUCGAAAGGUUUAGUCGAUAAAGGUGUGUUAAGAACUGAAAUGAAGAACUUCUUUCUAUUUGAUAUGGCUACACAUCCAGUAGCUGACUCAAGUUGUAAAGAAUCUCUCAAAAGAAGAAUCAUGUCCACUUUGGUCGACAGAACUUUGUCAUUACAAUAUAAUGAAUACUUCCCAGAAUCCACAACUUUCAAAGUCAUCAGAACAGUUUCUUUAAUUAUUACCGCGUACUCUGCAAACGUAUUGGAGAAUGUCUUAAAUACUUUGGAAUACGAAAAGAGGGAUAAAGCUCUCUCAAGAGCUGAGAAUUUAUUAAACAACUUCGGAAAUUAUCCAUUCAAAUUGGUUAAUGAGCCAGAUAACAGAAUCUCAAUCAACUUGAACCAAUUAGUAGAGGAUGAAAUAAAAGCAAACCCCAAAACCGCUUUACAAUUGGAAGUUUUAGCCGGUGUUUUUGAUGUUUUCGCUAAAAUGGACGUUAUUAUUUAG